AUGCGGAUAUACUCUCUUUUAGCAGCAGCGGUAACGCUGUCGCAGCAUACUCUUGCCUUUGAGCUCUUCCCACGGGCAACGAAUCAAUCUGAUGCUGCCGCCAAUCAGUCAGACGCUUCUACAGGAAGCGUGCGAGUACCACGGAAGUUCCUCGCUACGAUUACCGAUUCCAGCUCGGAUCCCAUGGCACCAUGUUCUGUAUCGAACCCUUGCGCUCAGGGCUGCUGCAAUCAUAAUGGAUAUUGUGGAUUCGGACCGAGCUAUUGUAGUUCCGCAAACUGCACAGAUACAUGCGAUGCUCAAGCAGAGUGUGGGCCAUAUGCACCUCAAGACCAAGAACUGUGUCCCUUGAACGUCUGCUGCUCGCAGUUUGGCUUCUGUGGAACAACCGAAGCUUUCUGCGGUGAUGGUUGUCAAAAUGGCUGUGACCCUGUGAACAGGCCAUCUUGUGGUGGCUCAUCCGCUACGCAGCGAUAUAUGGGCUACUAUGAGAGCUGGAGCGCACAAAGACCGUGUGAUGCCUUUAGCCCUGGAGAUCUUGACCCAAGUAGAUAUACACAUCUCUACUAUUCAUUUGCCUUGAUCGACUCCGGUGGCAAGCUAACAUCCAUGAACGAUUACGACCCACAGUUCUGGAAAGAAUUCACCGGUCUAAAGUCCAAGAACCCUUCCCUCAAAACGAUCAUCUCAGUCGGUGGCUGGGAUGCUGGCGGUAAAGUAUUCUCAGAUCUUUCUGCCGACUCAGGCAAGAUAUCUACAUUCGUCAGCUCUGCCCUGAGCUUCAUGAAGCAGUACGGUUUCGACGGGAUAGAUCUCGACUGGGAAUACCCAGUCGCUCCGGAUCGCGAUGGCUCGCCUGGCGACAAAGAGAACUUCGUCACACUACUUGAGCAGCUCAAGUCCGCCUGCGGAUCGGCCUACACUGUCACCAUUACGAUUCCCUCAAGCUACUGGUACAUGAGAGGGUUCGACAUCGUUAACAUUGAAAAGCACAUCGAUUGGUUCAACUUCAUGUCGUACGACAUUCACGGCGUUUGGGAUGGCGAUAGUCCAUACACCCAGCGUGUCAUCAAUCCUCAUACAAAUCUCACUGAGAUUAGCACCGGGUUGGAUUUGUUGUGGAGAAACAACAUUGAUCCUUCAAAGGUCGCACUUGGUAUUGGCUUUUAUGGGCGCAGUUUCACUCUGUCUGAUCCCUCAUGCAAUACACCUGGCUGUGCCUUUGCAGGGAAUGGAGGUGGAUCUGGAGGUGCCAACCCAGGGAAAUGUACACAGGUCAGCGGUACUCUGUCCGAUUUCGAAAUCGCGGACAUCAUAGCCACGCAAAAUCCGACAUUCACCUACAACGAGGAAGCCGCUGUGAACUGGAUCACAUGGGAUACCAAUCAGUGGGUAUCUUUCGACGACAACAAUACACUUGCACAAAAGGAACAUUUCGCCAGCGAUCUCUGUCUAUCGGGACAAUUUGCCUGGGCGGUCGAUCUCGGAGGUCCCGGCAGUGGACAAUUGGAGUCAUCCGCUGGAUCCAGCAACAGUUCAAAUGGCAGCGGCAAUUCCAGUGCGAAUGGCACUGCAUCGGGUGACGUUUACAUCUCACCAGACAUUWGGAACGAUCCGAAUCCUACGAUUGCUUGCUACCCGCCUUGUACAUUCAUCCUACCGCCCUACCCACUAAGUGGCCAGUCCACACUAUCUUWCCCUCUGUAUACGACUUCACUCGAGGUUGCAUGGCCUACCACAACCAUCACAACUGGAAACGAUGGUAGUAAGACGACAAUUGCAACCAUGGCACGCACCGUAGAGACGACAGUUCUUACCAUUCCAGCCAACACGCAAAGCUCCUUGGACGUUUGGAACUGGCCUGUCAACGACACAAUAAUGACGCAAACCACCUAUCAGGCAACUUCAAGCAUUCUGCCGUCGCCUUUCGUCAUCACUGAUGAUCCUAAUCCCCAGUCAUUGUCAGGUGUCACACAUCCAGCCCAGACACGCACUGUCACCGUUCCUCCCAGUCCAUACAGUGAUCCGUAUACCACAACUACAAGUGGCUCCAACAAACCCACGACGACGUCCAGCACUACAGUACCACCGCUCAUCGUAUUUCCGAGGAUCUCAUGGACAAGAGGGCCACCACAGCACACUUGUACACCUGGCCAAAUUGGAUGUGGCCAUAAAUGCCGCAUCUUUUGCACUGGUCCAUGCUUGAUCAAUUGCGGAGUAUCUGGAGGCUUUCAGGACCCCAACGACCCUGGUUGUCCGAGCUCAAUUUGUCCCCCAGAUGGACCACCGCCAGGAAGCACCACCGGUGGAGGGGGAGGAGACGAUCCUAAUAACAACGAUCCCGAAGACGAAGGAGAUGAAUGUGAUCCGGAUCUCAGUGAUGAACAAGGCUCAUGCCCCAACGGUGGCUUCCCAUUGUACAACCCAUUCACUCGCAAGAUUGACUGUGAUGAUUCCGCAGAUGGCGCAUCAUCUCGCGUCUCGUCGUGUCAAGCCUAUGCCAUGAACAAUCCAGACAAAAUGCCAGACAUCAUUGCAAGUGCCAAGGACUGUUCACCUUCUUGCAGUGUCCCCAGUCGGAAGCGUGGUGUGUGGGCUAAAUUGAGCGGACUCAUCUCUCGCGCACCCGACCCGAAUGAUCCCACCUGCGAGGCAAACGCUCCUCCGGCCCCUCCCACACCGACCUACACUUGCAGCGGUGCCAUGUUUCCCAACAUUUGCGCCAAUGCGAGGAGUGCAGUUGAGAAUAGAUUUGGGCCGGGCAAUCCAAUGAACAAUCCAAACGCCAGAGCUAAUCCCGCAACGAUGACAAGGCAGCAAAGAGGCGGAAGCCCCAAAAUUGGUGCAUUCUGGACCAACAAGAUAAACUCCGCAUCUCCCGAGCCGGAUGGCACUGACGCGUCCAAGGAAUACCCUGGCUGGGGCUUGAAAGGCUGUAAUGUGGAAGAAUACCCCUUCAGUUCCGGCAAUCCGACUGGUUUUGCUGUCAAUCGCCUGGUUCCAGAAACCGAGAACAGAGACCAUGGGUCGGACCUGAAUAAAUUCUACCGCCAGUGGGACUUUGACGCUGGCAACAAGAACAUUAAAGGCAAAGAUGCUCAAGAUACCGAGAACUUGAUUGUACAGAAUGGUCAGAAAUGGAACCGGAUGUAUGGUCGAACGUUCGUCAUUGAAUUCGACGGAAACGUGGCCGACAGUGGGACGGAAUGGGGCCUACGAAACAAUGCUUUGGGAAACAUAUGCGCUGACCCUUACGGGGUUGAAUUCUUACUCGCAGGUGGACCCGCAGGUCAAGCUCUAUCGUGGGAUCCAUACUUUACGACCCAACCCGGCCGCUUGCGGACAUAUACGAGGUCCAUCUUCAACAAGAAGAACGGUCAAUUCAUAAGAGAUGCCGUCUCUGUGGUGCCGCCUCAAUACUGCACCAAGCCAUCUCCUGGCCGCAAGAUCCUUGUUGGGAACAAGUUUGAACAGUUCAUUUAUAUCGGUGGAAAGCAGGUUCCAGUCGGAGAGGGGCAGGAUGCAGACGAUCCAGCUGAUCUUGGUGUUUGCGAGCCCCGGCCUCAAGCUGUACCUAAGCUCAAAGUACGAGCGCAGGUCUCCAACACAGAGACUGCAUCGUUAGCUCGCUUGGACCCAGCAAUGGCAGUCUACGCAGAUCCAGCGAUGGCCACUCACGCAGUCCCGCGCAGCGCUGGUCGUCCACGCCGUGCACCUGCUCUGGCCCUGCGAGACUCUGUGUUCCAAGACGACAUUGAUAGUCCUGCUAUUGCCAACGUGUCGUCGCUGCGCAGUCCACCAAAGCAUCUCAUCACUGCACGACAAGCAGCGAGUGGCUCAUAUCUGGAUUCCAAUGUGUAUGCAUUUCUGGGCUGUGGGAACGACGACAUUGAUCCCUGCGAGUGGGGUGCAGACUGCAGCUUCUCAAAUCUAGACAGUGGAAUUGGUCCCAAAUAUGUCGACGGUGACGACGGGUCCAAUACAGGUACCCCUACCACGACGGCGGCUCCAUCUACCACGCGAAUGACGAGCACAACCCGACCCGCUGCGAGUACGACUGAAAGUACUAGUAGUAACUGCAAGGUCUGUAUCGGGGUGGUUGGAACCCCCGUUACGUGCUCGUUUGAAAACGGCUGCACACCCACCACUCCUACGUCUUCGCCAACUCCACCACCCCCACCCCCACCUCCUCCAUCAACGCCCCCCGCGCCCAUGCAGACGUCUUCCAACAAUAAAGGUUCCGGUCUUUGCAAGUCCCUCGGCGACGCUUCUGCCAAAGACUACGACGGCCAAAACAUGUGCCAAGUCGCCUACAACCGCCAUCUGGACGACCAUCUCUACACAGAAUACACCAGCUACACCUACACAGCAGACGACGCAUUCAACACCGCUCUAGACGUCUUCUUCCGAGGCCUAAAAGGUCUCGUAGGCCAAGAAGGCUGCACGGCCUAUUUCAAAUGCAGCAGCGACGAUGCGUAUAAAAAAGGCAUGACAGGAAAGCAGAUCAAGGACGCUUUCGACAAUCUCUACCAAAAUGACAAGGUCAAGGUGUGUGGGUCGAGUAAUCUGGAUAAUGGUUGUCGGGUUACGGUGAAUGGGUGCAAUAAUUGUCAGGAUGUUAAUGUGGUUUGCUCGACUAAGGCGGGGAAUUGUUCUCCUGAUGAGGCGGAUGGUGCGCCUUCGGAUAAUGAUUCUUCGUAG